AUAUAAACCAGGUUGAGGGUAAUGGAGUCUCGGUUCUCACUUCGCCGUGUCUUCUUCCCCAAGUAGCUUCUCCUCUUCGAUCCGUGCGGCUAUGGAAGUGGAUCUGCCUGCCGAUCUCGCUCCUCUUCUCCACGCGGCCUCCGAGUUCGCUUCCUAUCCCGGAUUGCAAAACGAUGCUUCUGUCAAGGAAUUCCUCGAUCGGUUCCCCCUUCAUGUAUUAUUAAGUGUUUUGCAAAGGAAUGCAGAUGUUAAUGGAGUUGAAGAUACUCUUGUUUCUUGUUUGGAUAAAAUAUUCAGGACAAGUUACGGAGCUUCUCUGCUCCCGGACUACUCCCAAUUUAUACAAGCAGGGCUUCAGGCAAAUUCACAGUUUAUUAGAUGUUUGUCUUGCAAAGCAGUAUCUUAUCUUUUGGAGAACAGCAGCAAUGUGGUUUCUUCUCUACAGGUUAUUAUUGAGUACAAUAUCUAUCCACUUCUGCUUACGUGCUUAGUUCAUGGAGAUGAAAAAACUUCAGCAGCUUCUCUUGGAGCAAUUCAAAGUAUUGCUAAAUUUCCUGAGGGCAUUAGCAUCAUUUUUCCAACGGAUGGUGAAGAGUAUUCAUUGAUCAAGAAUAUAGCUGCCCAGUCUUCUUCAGUGGCACGAACACGAAUCUUAGCUCUCUUGGCAAAGCUAUUCUCUCUUUCUAGUACUGUAGCAUCUGCAAUUUACAGCUCAAACCUACUUAACUUGUUUGAGAUAGAAAUCAACAAUGGGAAUGAUAUGUUGGCAACUCUGAGUGCUUUGGAGAUUUUGAAUGAGUUAGUGGAGUCUCCUCACAGUAGCAUGUUCUUAUUGAGGACAACUUUAUUUCAGUUAUUAACUAAUAUGAUCAGCAAUUCAUCAGUUGAUUCAAUCUUACGAUCAAGAGCAGCUUUGAUUAGUGGAAGGAUUCUUUCUUCAUCCGAGGCCUAUGCAGCUGUUAAUAUAUCAAGUGUUACAGCCCUUCUUGAGGCCAUUGAUAGAAGACUAAAAGUACUUGGUAGUCAAAAUACUGAUGAGUCUGAAAGUGCCUUGGAAGCAUUGGGCAUGACGGGAGCAACAAAUCAAGGAGCAAACCUCUUACUGGCAAGCUCAUCUUCUGUAGCAGCCCAUGUGGUAGAGUCUGCUUUUGACCGUCAUAGUAGAGGCAAACAGCUGGCUGGUCUGCAUGCUCUGGCUACCAUAUGUGGAGCUGACCGAUCAGAAAAUAGCAGGGUACUGGAUGAUAAGGCUGAGGAAAAUCUUAGGCGUCUCAUCUAUACUGCUGCUGCAAACACACCAAAACUUAAACCAUCAGGAUUAUUUCUCUCCGCACUAAAACAGGAACCAGAAAUCAGAUUGGCUGGAUAUAGAUUGGUUUCUGCCUUGGUUGCUCGGCGUUGGAGUUUGACAGAGGUUUGCUCAGAACCAGAGAUUAUUGAUAUCGUGACUGAUGCAAAGAUUGAGACUGCAAAAAAUGGCAUGGAUGCUCGAUAUGAAUGUUGUGCCUCUAUCAGCAAAGCUCUGUUGUCGUCAAAUCUGCUCCAUGAUGCUGCCUUUGCCGACAUAGCAGGAAAGUUGCAGGGAGCCGUUAGAAGGGGGCCAUAUCUCACUAAAGAGCGCCAGGAAGCCCAGCCACUUGUUAUGACGGCCGAACGAUUUUGAGUCAACUAUUACAACAUGCUUCUAAACACAAGUACUACUUAGACAUGUACUCAUGGUUAUAGUUUUUUCAUCGCCAAACUAAUUUUCUUUUUGUUUGUUGGUUGUAUCCAAACAGAUACCAGCUAAUUCUUGUGCACACGGACUACCUGAUUUCCAGUA